AUGGUUCGUUCCGGCAUCUUUCCAUCCUCCCCCCUCCGACAUCACCACGCAUUUUCAACCCGUACCCUUCACCUCUUCCAUGACUUAUUCUGUCAAUGCCCCAGGCUUUCCAUUCAGCCCUUCAUCAAAUCACUCUGUGAUGUUCAGGGUUUUCCGUUCAAACCCUACCUCAUGCAACAGUUCUCCUCUGCGUAUGAUGCAUAUGUGGAGGUGAAAUCUCGAACCCGCAAGCUGGUUGCUCAGACGCUUGGUAGAGAUUCGUCAACUUGGCGAAUUCUGCACACCUGUCCAUGCUGCCAGAAUGAGCUGCAGGAGGAUGACCCUUUGGAGAUUAGGAUGAUGGUGGCUAUGGAUGGGAAUGAUUCUUUAAAACGGGUUGAACGUUGUAAGGAUGCAGCCGACAAUUCCCUUGCAGAGGUUGCGGAUUCUGGGGUGGCAGGAGACGACUACUUUCUCUCCCGUACAUCCGUCGACAAUUGGGCGGAGGAAAACUGGAAGAAUGUGCCGCCAUGGGUCCCUCAGAAUAGCUUUCAGGAGUGGGUUUGGAAGACUGGGAUGUGUGAAGAGAAAUGGCAUAACGCAUCGGAUAAGAAUACUGGAAAGUCAUGGGCAAAGUUCGAUGAGAAUGGGAUAUUUCUACUCAUUUGUCGGCAUGGACUUGUUCUCUCAUUGGCGGACAUGGUUAAGUCAGGUGAAAAAGCAAAGUAUUCUUUGGCUUCCAUGCAUCACUUCCUUGAGGCAGAGCGGCAGUAUCGUAUUAGCAAUGGAGAAGAUGCGCCUCCCAAAGGCAAGCUCUGUUUUGCAUAUGACAUUGGCUGUACCAACAGCAAGACUGUACACCGUAGUCCACUAGCACCCCUUGCUAAUUAUAUGGGGUACCUCCCUGCUGUUGGAACAAUGCAUGGGUAUGCUCAUGAACGGGCUUGCCAGCUUAACUUUCUUCUUCUGUACCAGACCGGCGCUGGUUUGGAGGAUGGCGAAACCUCUGAGCAAUACUUCUCAAAGUCAAACUCUUUAGCUUCAGCAACUCGACAUGCAAGUAUCUUCCACCAUCGACAAAUGAUCACUGAAUAUGCCUACCAUACCAACAACUUUGAAAUGUAUGGCAAUCUUAGUAAAUUCCUUAGAAACCACUACAGCCAGGCCCUCGAAAUACUAGGAACGGCUCCUUCGCUCAGAAUUCAAAUGCGUGAGGCUGGUAUUAAGGACGCCUGUGUCAUCUUUCAAUGGAUGGAGGAGGAAGCAGCUUAUCUCCAGAAUCUUUCAAGGGAGCCACCGGUUGAAACCCUCCAAAUGGAGUACUACAGAAAACUGAUUGCUCUCAGGGAAUGUCAGGCUGUUUUGAAAGAUGCAAGACUUGCCUGGCUAUCAUAUCGACCUGGUGAACGUGAUCAGACUUCGGCUCUUGAACGUGCUCAGCGCCAUGCCCAGGAGAAUGAACGGAAGAUUCUCGCCGACGUCCAUGCCUUGGAAUCAAAGCUCGAUGUGCAUGUUCGGUGGACGGAGGGCUCUGCGCAGUGGGAGGAAGCUGGGGCACUAGUAACAGGUACUAAGUAUCGAAGAGCUCUUGAUAAACUUGAGGGACUAUUGGUCUCCAGGAUAUUUGAACUUUCUCGGUUGAAUAUCUCAGGCACAGGUUACAAAAUGCGAAAACACUUAGCAAGUGCGCUGAAGAAACGAUUGAAGAGUAUUCAGAGUGCCAUUAUCGAGUACAAUACUGUUGCUGCUAAAAUGAAGCCCAAGAGGCAGCCGGUUGACUGGGAGGAGGUUGUUGAGUACACAUUCCUAUCUGAGUUUGACAUCCUCCGCGAUACCCGUGAAGAUAUCCGUGAAUGUCCAUGGGCAGUCCCUGCUAAUCGUGUCAUCAUCACUCAAUUCUUCAAGGUCAUUGGAGCUGAGGAUGAGCUCUCCCGUGUACAUCAAGAAAUCCGACGACUCAUUACCUAUAUGCAACGGGAGAAGGAUGAGCUCACAACACGAGAAAGGGAGCUCAUGCCAACAAACCCGACCCUUGCAUUGCAGGUUAGGAAUUUUUGUCGGGAGCGGGGACGAUUCCAUGAAGUUCACAGAAAGCGGCUCCUCUCCAUAACCAAGCUACCAGGCUUUGACUGGUCUACGAAUAGAAAAAUAGAUACAUUCCUAUCAGUAGCUACAGAUGUCUUAGAGGAGUAG